AAAUUACCUUUGUCUAUGCGAGUAUCUAUUUCCCCAAAUAAUAUUUGCUAUGGGUAUAAAUAAAGCACUGUUUAAAAAACUCCGUGUAGUAUUAAUGCAAUAAUUGAAUCAAAUAUUGCAUCAUGAAAUUGUUCAGUGUUCUGUUACAGGUAUGCUUCGUUGUCCUGGCUUUGGCCGCAGGAACAACGUUUGCCCAAAGAGGCAGAAUGGGAAUUCCCGGUAUGGGAAGAAUGGGAAGAUCACUACCAGACGUCGAAGAACCGAUUCUGCGUAACGAAAAUUUACAACUCGAAUAAAAUUUGUGCACACAAUUGUAACCGCAAAUUGGUAAUAGAAAUAGAACGGCAUUAACAUACACAUUUUUCUUACAAAUCCAACUGAACAAAAUUAAACCGAUUUUCCACCAAUUGUAUUGAAAGAAA